UAAUCACAUCCAAAACACCAAUUCUCUCCUUCUCUACUUACUUUCAUUUGCAAUUCCGAUUCUCUCACAAGAAUUACUCAGCUUUGCUCAAUAGAACAGGAAUGGCUUCUUCUUCAUCUUCUUUCAUGAUACUUCUUCUAAAUGCUCUUUUACUAGUUUCAUUCUUUCAGUUCUCUGUAGCUACUGGAAGGAAACUCAAUGAGUUAGUACAAGAACAGCCUAGUGUACCAUUAAAAUACCACAAAGGAGCUCUUCUUUCUGGGAAGAUUUCUGUUAAUCUCAUCUGGUAUGGUAAUUUCAAACCUGCCCAGAGAGCUAUUAUCUCUGAUUUCUUCAGUUCAGUUCAUUCAACUUCAACCCAAUCAAAAAAUGAACCAUCUGUUUCUACAUGGUGGAAGAAAACAGAGAAGUACUACCAUCUACCAACUUCUACCAGGAAACCCACUUCAUUAGUUUUGAAAUUAGGGAGGCAAAUCUUUGAUGAGAAGUACUCAUUGGGUAAAUCUCUUAGCAACAAGAAAAUUGUCAGAUUAGCAUCCAGAGGUGAACAGAGAAAUGCAAUCAAUGUUGUAUUGACUUCUGCUGAUGUUGCUGUUGAUGGGUUCUGUUCUAGCAGAUGUGGUACUCAUGGUUCUUCAAUUUCUGCUACAAAGAAAUCCAAAUUUGCUUACAUUUGGGUUGGAAACUCUGAGACUCAAUGUGCCGGUCAAUGUGCUUGGCCUUUCCAUCAACCAAUUUAUGGACCACAAGGCUCACCAUUAGUUGCACCAAACAAUGAUGUUGGAGUUGAUGGUAUGGUGAUCAAUUUGGCCAGUCUAUUAGCCGGAACAGCAACAAAUCCUUUCGGAAAUGGGUAUUACCAAGGACCAGCUGAAGCACCUUUAGAAGUUUCUUCUGCUUGCACCGGAAUUUAUGGAACAGGAGCAUACCCUGGUUAUGCCGGAAAUCUGCUAGUUGAUUCGAGUACCGGUGCCAGUUACAACGCCAAUGGUGCUAAUGGAAGAAAGUUCUUGUUGCCGGCAUUGUUUGAUCCUGCUACAUCUACUUGCUCAACUUUGGUCUAGUAAUUUCAAUAAGAAGAUAUGUACACAGUUUUAGAGAGAUAUGUAUAAUAGGGAGGGGGUUUAGUGAGGGUUUGAAGUUUAUGAUAAUGUAACAAUUUAUUCAUUCUUUUUUAAAUCAAUGAAAAAAGAGCAAAAAACUUCUUUUGCUUUUUGAAAAA